AGUGCUGUACUAGUCAAAAGAAAAUUAAAUAAAUAUGCUAAAGUUAAUGCAAUACGUGACGCGAAAGUCGUGCGAGACCGUCGCACGGCCGGCGUGCAGCUGGGGCAACUUAUUGAUUUCACCAAGCAGUGCGGAAAAAUGUAUAACGCAACGUCGCCAUUUUCUUUUUUCCUCGACCAACAGAACGACCAGCAGCAGUUUCGCUUUGCUCUGCACAGAACACCCACAACAGUUCCACGGGAGUCCGAGUAGCCCCAGUCGCCAGGAGUCGAGUGUAUCCAGUAUACCCAGAGUAUUAUUACCCAGUAUCUCCCAGGCACAGCGUGCGUUUCGUUUGUCACCCAGACUAUUAGAAACGUCAAGAACAUCCACAUACUCUCUCCCAGAAGCAGACGAGCAAGACACUGUGUCCAAACGUGCGAGGAAAUCGCCUUUUACUGAUCCACACGUGAAUACAGAGGAAAUCAAAAUUGAAGGAGUAAUGGCACCACACGAUCGUGAUUUCGGUCAAAAUUCCCGUGGCGGUCGCGAUGGCCGCGGUGGCGGUGAAGACCGUCGCGGCGGAGGUGGCGGCGGCGGCGGAGGAGGAGGAUCCCGCUUUGGCGCUGGUGGCGGCGGAGGCGAUUACCAUGGCGUCCGCAAUGGACGGAUUGAGAAGCGUCGCGAUGAUCGCGGCGGCGGUGGUGGAGGCGGCGGUGGUCGCUUUGGCGGCGGUGGCGGUGGAUUCGGUGGCGAUCGUCGCGGAGGCGGCGGUAGCCAGGAUCUGCCAAUGCGCCCAGUCGACUUCUCCAAUCUGACGCCGUUCAAGAAGAACUUCUAUCAGGAGCACGCCACCGUGGCGGCCCGUUCCCCGUACGAGGUGCAGCGGUAUCGCGACGAGCACGAGAUCACUGUGCGCGGCCAGGCCCAGAAUCCCAUUCAGGACUUCGGUGAGGUAUACUUGCCCGAAUACGUGACGAAGGAGAUCCGCCGCCAGGGCUACAAGGAGCCGACACCCAUUCAGGCGCAGGGCUGGCCCAUCGCGAUGAGCGGUGCGAACUUUGUGGGCAUUGCCAAGACCGGCUCGGGCAAGACCCUGGGCUACAUUCUGCCCGCCAUCGUGCACAUCAACAACCAGCAGCCGCUGCAGCGCGGCGACGGACCCAUUGCCCUGGUGCUGGCGCCAACGCGUGAGCUGGCCCAGCAGAUCCAGCAGGUGGCCACCGAGUUCGGUUCGUCCUCGUAUGUGCGCAACACCUGCGUUUUCGGAGGCGCCCCUAAGGGCGGCCAGAUGCGCGAUCUGCAGCGCGGAUGCGAGAUUGUUAUCGCCACGCCCGGUCGCCUCAUUGAUUUCCUCUCGUCGGGCGGCACGAAUCUGAAACGAUGCACCUACCUGGUGCUGGACGAGGCCGAUCGUAUGCUGGACAUGGGCUUCGAGCCCCAGAUCCGCAAGAUUGUCUCACAGAUCCGUCCCGACCGUCAGACGCUCAUGUGGAGCGCCACCUGGCCCAAGGAGGUCAAGCAGCUGGCCGAGGACUUCCUCGGCAACUACAUCCAGAUCAACAUCGGUUCCCUCGAAUUGUCAGCCAAUCACAACAUCCGCCAGGUGGUGGAAGUGUGCGAUGAGUUUAGCAAGGAAGAGAAGCUUAAGAGUCUCCUGUCGGACAUUUAUGACACCAGCGAGAAUCCCGGCAAGAUCAUCAUCUUUGUGGAGACGAAGCGACGCGUGGACAAUCUGGUGCGAUUCAUACGCAGCUUCGGCGUGCGUUGCGGCGCCAUUCACGGCGACAAGUCACAGUCGGAGCGUGAUUUUGUCCUUCGCGAAUUCCGUUCGGGCAAAUCGAACAUUCUGGUAGCCACCGAUGUGGCGGCCCGUGGUCUGGAUGUGGAUGGCAUUAAGUAUGUCAUCAACUUUGACUACCCACAAAACAGCGAGGACUAUAUCCAUCGCAUUGGACGGACAGGACGUUCCAACACCAAGGGCACAUCCUUUGCCUUCUUCACCAAGAACAAUGCCAAGCAGGCCAAGGCGCUUGUCGACGUGCUCAGAGAGGCUAAUCAGGAAAUCAAUCCUGCCCUGGAGAAUCUUGCCCGCAACUCCCGCUACGACGGUGGCGGCGGACGCUCCCGAUAUGGCGGUGGUGGCGGCGGCGGCGGUCGUUUCGGCGGCGGUGGCUUCAAGAAGGGCAGCCUGAGCAAUGGACGCGGCUUUGGCGGCGGCGGCGGCGGUGGUGGUGGCGGCGACGGUGGUCGGCACACGCGCUUCGACUAAAGCAAGCAGAAACUAUUAGAAACAGGAGAUUUCAUCAGUAGCAAAACUAAACAGCGCUAGGCCCUAAGUUAAAUUAAGUUCGUAGCCUAAGUUUAAGUUUUCGUACUUUUCAUCGUUUUGUGAGGAAAGAACCACCCCGGACUUGGACUAGACUCUCAGCGACACAAACCGCACUUUGAACAUAGCAUCUUUAUGUUUAAAUGAUUUGUGAAGUGUAAAUUAUUUGUUGCUGCCCCACACCCAAAGGGGCAGACCUUUUCCAUCUGAAAAACUGCAUCAAAAACAAACACUCUUUACUUAAACGCAAAACCAAUUUUCAAAUAUGAUGUGAUAAUUUCUUAAUUUAAUGCAACAACCUAUCACUAAACUAAACAAAAACAAAAAAAACCAAGAAAAGAAAAGCGAGAAAGUAGCGCGUUGUGUGUGUAUGCUGCAACAGGAGAAGUGUAAGGAUGUAAAGGAGAAGGAGGAAGUGUAAGGAUCAUUCCCGUCUGUCCCAUUGAUGACAAUGAGCAAAGGCUGACAUCCCGCUGUACCUGGCGGCAUUUGUUUGAUAAAUUCUUCAAUUUACUUUUUGGAACAUUAACUUUUGGAUACCUUUUUACGGCACAACCAGAGAAUGAGAGAAGUAAGAAAGAACAGAAACCGAAACAGAACACAAAACAAACAGAAACACAUUAACACUAAAUACAAAAGAAAUCUGUAUGUACAAGGAGAAUUUCUCACUUUCAUUUUACUUUUUGGAAAUAUAAUAAACGUGUGUAUACCUACUACUACCUAAAAACCGAAAAAA